UAGAGGCACAUGCCAAGGCCUGGCUUUUUCCUUGCCAUCAUAUAUGCCAUCCCUUCUCCUGCAUACAGUUGUAUUCCUCCCUGUUUUUGCUCAGUGACUCCAUACUUACCCUUCAGAACUCAUCCCAGGUGUCAGCCUUCCCAACCAUUGUAUUGGCUUUCAUGUUCUGAUAGGGCAUUUUAUCUCGAGGAUACAGGAUGUGAUAUGACUAGUCAUUUAAUGGCUAUCGUUUCUGCUAGAUUGUGAGCCUCAUAAACACAGUAAACUGUCCCUCUGUCAUUUUUCUAUGUCACUUUCAGUGCUGUGUGUAGUUCUCUGCACAUAGGCGCUCAUCAAAUAUUCAUCAUAGAUUGUGAUCACUCAGUGCCAUGAUCCAAAAUUGAAUGCUGUAUUCGUUUUUAAACUUCAGAAUCUUCCUUAAGUUUCAUCACAAACAGAAAAAGGAAGUAUCUCUUAAUGAAAUUACCCAAGAAGUUCUUCCUCAACUCUGUUUUACAGAGGGUAAUUGGAUAUUGGCUGUCUGUAAUGAUAAAAGCUAUUAAUUAAUCUCAUGUACUAGUUGUGUGGUUCAAGAUAAGGAACUGAAGUCAUCAGCAGGUCUUCACUGGUGUAGGUGAGCUCUGGAGAGAAGGCUCACCUUUCUGAGCAGCUCUUUUGUAGAAAGGUCCAGGUCUGCAUGUCUCGUGUAUGCUUAAGAAACUUUAUAAGAAAUAGAUACAUCUCUGUUUUUGAAGUCUCUAACUUCCUGCUUAGCUGACAACUGAUUAUUUUGUGGGAAAGCAAAACUCAGCAAAUACCUAAAAUGAGCGACCUAAAUUUUGAGGAGCAAACAAAACACAUCGUGAAUGCUCUUCUCAAAGACUUCCUGACACCAUUACAACCUGCUAACCAGAGUGGUGGAGUGGAAACAUACUCAGGUAAGACUCCUGGUGAGAGUCUUGGCUCUUCCGAUGUGGCUGUCAUUGUUGGUCACCUUUGGAUGUUGGGUGACCAUUACAAUGGAGACUUGGAAAUGUCUGCCUAAUACAUUGUAGCCACCACCGGCAUCUGGCUUUUGAAUGCUACUCUACUAAUGGCCAUUCUGUUCUCAGUUGGAAGCUAUACUCUGGCCUGGUAUGCUCAGGAUUCAAGCUUCUCCCAUGAGAGGGCCUUUCUUGCAUUGUUGGUGAAACUUCUUGAAUGUGUGGCCUGUAUGGCUCCUAAAAAAUGUAGAGCAGCUGACUGCUCCAGUGGUACGCAUAAUCAGCAGGAACAAGAUCAGUGGGACCAGAGCCAUCCAAGAGUUCAUCCAGAAAAAAGGAGGAUGGAAAGCUGGAGAGCAAAGAAGAGUAGUUCUUCUCUUGACUGGACGUACUGCCUCUUUGACUAAUCAGGACAUUCAUCAUUUCUGGUCAUUAAAAAGACAAAUAAAUCAAAAACCAUCUUUGCCUGGGCAGAACGCAACCUAGCUGAAUAAAAUGCAACCUUGCUGAAUAAGUUGUUUUUUACUGAUUGGUAAAAUUAGGAGCAGCUCCCAGGAUUCUACAGCGCUUUUAUACUUUUGUCUUUUGCAUGAGAUUUAAUGAGGGUUUGUUGAGGCGAAGCCUUCU